AUGGAUGACUCUAGCUCUCCAAGUAAAUCCACUCCCAAAUUUACAAGGUGCAGGACAGGAUGCUUGCGGUGUCGCAAGCGACGGCGGAAGUGCGACGAGGGGAAGCCGUGCUGCCAAAAUUGCAUCGAUAAGAACCUAGACUGCCGAUAUGGCUUGCAGGUUAGCUUCCUGCAGAAGAACACUUUUACAGUGACUGAAAGUGAACUGCGUACGCCCAAGAGGGGAGGAAACUAUGACAAGAUUAAAUUUGUCAAAGAAGUCCCUCUAGGUUGUACCACAGAUGCUUCCGUGGACGAUUCUCCAUCCCCCAUCGUCAGCGUUUCGGAGACGCAUCCUCUGAGUGAUCCUGUAGAUAGCCCGGAAGUUAUUGCUGGUGAUAGAAGGGAUAGCCAAAUUGGCUUGGUUGAGCCCCAUGAUCAUGGGAAUAGUAUGCGCCAGGAUACUUUGCACUUACCACUCUGGGCUGGAGCCCUGGACACCCAUCUGUCAGAUGGAGGAGCACCUCAUCGAGAUAACGAUGAUGCCGCCCAGGGACUGCUAGCUUUAGGAUCGGGGUCCAGUUUGAACAGUAUCAUGACGAAGUCCACCGAUCUACCAUUGUCCAACGCCCCUGUCGCGUUGUCAUCGCUUGUAAACACCGGACCUUGGGAGGUUAAGGACAGUGCACCACCAACAACAACUAGUGGCGUUAUAGACGAAACUGAACACUUCAGUGCUACUGGACUAUCCUCCUCCGUAACUGCGACCCCCAGUACUGUAUCUGAAACUCGCAGGUUGGAGCUUCUCCGCCAUUAUCGGUACCAUGUCGCUCCUUGGCUUGAUAUUUGCGAUCUAAGGCAUCCGUUCGGUAUUGCCGUAUUUCAAACGGCAAGAAGCUCAGAGCAGCUCCUCUCUGCCCUAUUGGGGCUUUCCGAAACCUGCAUCAUCCAACCGGCUCAAUGGAACAGACCAAGCCUCGGGCAGCUGAGCCUUCGAAAGAGGCACCAAUUAAGCCAACUAGACAACGACCAUCCUGAUUUCACGGAAUGUAUAUUGAUAAUCCUUAUUGAAGAAGUUCGGUCUUUGGUCACAAAUGUUUCCCAAGCUUGGACCGACUUGGUGAAUAGGGAUGUUUCCCUUGUUGAUCCUUUGGUUCAGUAUGCGUACAGCAAAACCAUUUUGUCAGCUGUUUACUGGAUGUUUUUACGUAUAGACCUAGGAGUGGCACUAGCAAACGAUAUUCCUCUUCGGCUUUCGCUCCCGAUGCUCCCGGUUCCCAGCCUAUCAUUAAUCUGUCGUACCGAAGAUACAUAUGAAAGGGUCAGCCAUUAUGCCCACGUUAUCUUGUGGUUAUGUGGAAAAGCUCUCACUUUAUGCAACCAAGAAGCCACCCCUCACCCGCUUGCGGCUUCGCACGAGGUGAUGGAAAGCUGGUUGCAAACUUUUGGGGAACUUGACCAGUGGUACCACUUGCGACCCCUAGAGUUCCAACCAAUAGUAGAGAUUGAUGAGAGAGACCAGACACUUAAUCAAGGGAGUGAAUUCCCCUUGUUGCUAUUUUCGAACGGAGCUGGGACUUUCAGUAACCAGAUAUACCAUACCACAAUGCUGUUAUUGCUCCAACGUAAGCCGCGAACUGCACUGCUGAACCACCCUCAGUCUCCGGCUCUGUCUCCUCUAUGGCAUGCUCAUCGUAUCUGCGGUAUCGCGUUGAACAACGACGCUCGUGAGAGCUGGGACCCAAGCCUGCUUGCAUCUAUGCUUGUCGCGGCGAAGCAUAUGACGCACGAAUCACAGCAACAGGAGAUUUUGCAAGCCUUUGAUCGAAUUCAUGUAAUCACUGGCUGGGAUACCGGUAAGUAUCUAACCCACCUCAAGGAGGAGUGGUCGUUUCUCGACGGGAUGUGA